AUGUCAAAUUUUCAAAAUUCACAAAAAUGUCCCGUAAUAAACGAUAGUAGCAUCAACAGCAAUAGUUCAUUACCGGCUGUUCCACCUCGACCUACUACUACAUCAAUGAACACUAGCAUAGCAAAUAGAAGGUAUUCACCACAUUCAAAUUAUAAUAGUUCUUAUAAUACCACAUAUGGCAAUUCAUAUGGUGGUUAUGGGUCGUUGUCACCACAUUCUAGAUAUGGAUCAACGUACUCCUCCUCACCUUACAAUGGAUUUGGUGUUGGGUAUGGUAGUGGUGGUUCAUAUGGCUCACCAUAUAAUCGUUUUGGUGGAAUGGGAAUGAUGGGACCACCACCGCCAGGCGGGCAAUUUGGCAGACCAGAUGAUAUGAUGACGACGAUGUCGUUAACGCAAAGAAUCGAAGCCAACACAGCAGCAGGGUUUCAAAUGAUCGAAUCGAUGGUGAAUGUUUUUGGCGGUUUGGCACAAAUGUUAGAAUCGACCUACUUUGCUACACAUUCAUCGUUUAUGGCGAUGGUUGGCGUGGUGGAACAAUUUGGUAAUUUGAGAAAUUAUUUAGGACAAGUUUUAAGUUUGAGUUUAACAGAUUUUCAACAACGACCUUUAAUAUUUUUUAUAAUUGCUGUAUUUGGGCUACCAUAUCUUAUGCAUAAAUUUAUACGCGCUUUUUCUGCUGCUACUGACAGACCAAAUCUUGAAAUGUGUCAAGCACUUUAUGAUUUCAGGGGUGAGACACCAAUCGAAUUAACGUUUCAACGUGGUGAUAUAAUAGCUAUUAUGAGCAAGGUGGAUGAUACGUGGGGACAACCUUCUCAAUGGUGGAAAGGCCGAUUAAGAAAUGGCGAGCAAGGAUUUUUUCCAGCAAACCAUGUAGAAAUUAUUAAUAAAAUCAAUAAAGAAUAG